GGGUUUAAAGCUUUUUCUUUCCAAAACUCUCUCUCUCUCUCUCUCUCUCUCUCUCUCUCUGUACUUUACCGAUCCAUGCCCAUUAAUCAACGUUAUACCCUUCAAGCUAAUGCAUGUAAUACAUUGUAAAGACUCAAACUUUCAACCUAGAUUUCAUUUUUUCGUUCUAUAAUUCAUCUGGGUCAUUCUCUACUUGCCCCAGUUUCACUAAAAAUCCUAAAGGGUCCUUUGUAAGUGUAAAACUAACAAAUUAACAAAACCCCAUUUGAAAAAAGCAACCUUUUUUUUACAAUUUCAGUUCAGGAAAGAAGAAAAAGAUGAUUCAGUUAUUGUUUUUGGUGAUUAUUGCUGAAGGUGUUAUGGCUUUUCUUAUGAUGGUAAAGAUAGGUCCAUUAAGGGAUCUUGUUAUGAAGAGUUUGGAUCAGCUCAAGAUGGGGAAGGCACCAGCUACUGUAAAAACUAUUGCUGGUACAAUGUUUGUGAUUCUUCUUUCUAGUCUUAUGAGUCUUGUUAAGAUCCAGAACAAAGGUGCUAAGCUUGGUACUAUGUCACCUAUGGAUCAAGUUCUUUGGAGAACUCACUUGCUUGAGGCUUAUCUACUUGGUUUUACAUUAUUCCUCGGGUUUCUAAUUGAUCGAAUGCACCAUUACCUCCAAAAGCUUAUUAAUUUAAGGAGUAACAUGGGAGCUUCAAAAGAAGAAGUGGAGAACCUCAAAAAAGAAAAUGUCGAGCUCAAAGAAAAGGAGGAGAAAGCUUCCAAGGAGAUAAAACAGCUGAAGAAAGAACUUUCAACUCUAACAGAAGGUUUGAAAAAGGUAAAGAUGGAAUCCGAAGAGAAAGACAAGAGAGUUGAGACGGCUGAAGCUCAUGUUGCUUCCCUCCAAAAACAAGCUGCAGAUUUACUGCUUGAAUAUGACAGACUCUUGGAAGACAACCAAAAUCUUCAGGCUCAAGCAGGGAGGCAUAAGAGUUGAGGAAUAGACUGAGAUACUUUGGUAAAACAAAGUUUUGAGGAGAGAGAUCUUACUAGAACCACCCCUAGUUUUGUUGCAAAAUCAGCUUUAUUUAACAAAUGAAAGAAGGGUGUUUUUUUGGUUCUCCCUGUGAAAGUUUACAGAUUUUGCAGUCCUCUCAGUUUGUUCAACAUUUUCUUAUUAAAUUGUUUCUUAACAAUUAGCCAUCUUAGUUGUUUUUCUUCACUUCUUUUUAGUUUGGUUCGAGUGGAUACAUUUUAGUUCAAGGGUUAUUGGUGGAACAAAUAGAUGUCAUGAAUUAGGAAAAAAAGUUUGAAUUUCAUCUUUAUAAUUAUGCUUCAUGGUA